CAAAGUUCGUGUUUACGUCUACAGUCUCACGGCUAGCCGCCGACUAAUGGCUGAGUUAGACAUUGGGAAGCAUUGCCAGUUCGAUUCCUGCAAUCUAAAAGAUUUUCUUCCAUUUGUUUGUGAUUCCUGCAGUGGUGUUUUCUGCCUUGAACACAGAAGCAGAGAGGCACAUUCAUGUUCAGAGGAGCUGAUAAAAAGGGAAUCGCGGACAGUGGGUGGCAGUACAAGUUAUCCAUGCACAUUUAAAGACUGCAAGCGAAAGGAAGUGCUGCCAGUAAUAUGUCCACAGUGUGAAAAACAUUUCUGUUUGGCCCACCGUCAUCAAGAUGAUCAUAAGUGUGAGAAGUUAGAGGUCCCUCAGCCACGAAUGGUAGCCACUAAAGAGCUGGUGCAGAAGAUUGUGGAGUCAAAGGAUACAACCAAAAGCAAAGGACGCAGAGGAGCAAAAAAUAGUGCAACUGCAGCCAAGGUAGCAUUAAUGAAACUGAAGCUGCAUGCUGCAGGAGACAAGGGACUGCCACAGACAGAGAGAACCUAUUUUCAAGUUUAUCUCCCUAAAGGAUCUAAAGACUCCAACCAACCCAUGUUUUUCUGUUCCAAAUGGAGUGUGGGAAAAGUGGUGGAUUAUGCAGCCUCUCAAGCUAACCUCAAAAACUACAAUAAUGUACUGACAUCUAAGAAGCUGCGGCUAUGCCAUCCCCAGACAGGUGAGGCUUUGCGGAUGGAUGAUACUUUGCUCUCAUUGCUGGCUCACCCACAAACCCCACUGUAUAAUGGGGGUAAUGUGAUCCUGGAGUAUCUAGAAAGUGAGUGCACAGCCCUGGAGGAUGUGUCUGACUAUAUAACACAGACCUAACCAUCCAACACUGCUUGUUUCCUGUAUGCUGUUUGUAUUUUCAUCAAUAAAAUGUUAACUUGUAA